AUGACACUGGAGGGAGAGGUGACCGGACAGACUGUUUGGAUGGAACAUGUGGAGGGCGGCAAACAGAUUCAACACCGCUUCCCCAAAGCCGGCACGGCUUUACCUACAGCUCCGCUCGCUACUGUGCUCCAUGGGCUCAACCCCAAACGAAAAUGGUACUAUUUGCCACAAUCGCUGGAGCCAAACCCCGGUACGCCCGACUCACGAGCAGUGUGCCUAUUUCUGGUCUACACUUUGCAGGCAGAGCGUUCUAAUGUGUCGGUUCAAGUGUUCUCGCUUUCCUCUUGCUUGCAACGUUUGUAA